GCGGAUCACGUGACUGAUAUUCCAGUCUCGCCAUUUUGCAAUGUGUGUGUGAGGGACAGAGAGUAAAGUGGGAACAGUUUCAUGGCUAACGAAUAAAAAGGAACAGCUCAAUUCUUCAUGUUCUGUGGCCAAAAAGCGAAGAACUCGUUUCCGGUUCGGUCAUGGAGGAGAUGAGCAAUGGAGCUCCGCUCCCCAAGAACUCCUCCUGCUCCCCUCUGUCGGAUGCUUCCUCUGAAAUUACAACCGAGAUUCUUGAGCAACACAAGCAGGCGGCCAAUUCUCUGAUUCAGGUCAUUGAGAAACUGAGCAGAAUUGUGGAACAUGGUCCUCAGCACUGCUGCAGUGUGACUGCAGAAAAAAGAACAUUCCACCAAGCCUCCUCACUCUCCGUCGAAGGUAUAGAAAGAGAAGGUGAAGUGAAGGUUUGGACGAGACGAGAAAGCUUUCCAAAUAAAAAGAUAAAAAAAGGCCAGGACAAUGUUAAGGCGGAUACGUCGGAUGUGAGAACAGCUGAAGAUGCGGUUUCUGGUGAUGGUAAUAAUAACAAUAUGACAUUAACAGAGAGAAGCUUAUCCCAGACUGUGACCUGCUACCAGUGCAGCCUGUGUCCCUUCAUCGCCCCAACCCUUUCUCAGCUGAAGGAACAUUUAAAACAACACAAUGAGCAGAGCAGCGAUCUUAUCCUAAUGUGCUCUGAGUGUCACUUCACUUCCAGAGAUCAGGAGCAGUUGGAGUUGCAUGUCCAACAGCACUUCGACAAAGGUGUUAACCUGAAGAGAAAUCACUUAUCAAUGGACACAAAUGCGCAGAACAAGGAGGUUUCAAGAAGUUGGGAUCAGGUGGACAGUCCCAAGGACAUACCGCAGAAAAAGCAAAAAUGGUACAGCCACGAGGAGUACGGACUGUACCGUUGUCUGAUUUGCAGCUACGUGUGUAGCCAGCAGCGAAUGCUGAAGACCCAUGCCUGGAAACACGCCGGUCUUGUUGACUGCUCUUACCCCAUCUUUGAGAAUGAAGAUGGUGCUCAGGCAAAGCAAGGGUCCCCUGCUGCUAAAACUAGAGAGGAAAUAGUUGUCGGUCCUCCAGCUGUACAAGACAAAAGUGUACAGAAGCUUCCAGAAACUUUUAAAAUCCAGCUCUGUGUACCUGAGAGCAUUGGAAGUAAUCUGGAGGCAGUUGCUAACUUGACUGAGAGUCAAAAAACGCACUUGACCACCGAGGAGCCCAUGUUGGAGUUUCAGGUGACAACAGAGGGUGAGACUGAAGUCAAAAUAGAAGGUCAACCGGAUAGUACUUCCAACACUGACAGUUUGCUGUCGUCAGCUCAGAAGAUUAUCAAUGGCAGUCCAAGCAGCUCAGGCCGAAUGAAUGUGAUUGUAGAACGCCUUCCCACAGCUGAGGAUUCAGUCAUGACAACCAACCCUCUUCUACUUCACUCAAAUAUAAAUGAGGACAGGAGUUUGCUCGGUACAAAGCAGAAGGAGGAGCAUCAUUGUUUAGAGGCAGUGAAGGAGGAGGAGGAGGUUGCCAACUGCAGGGUUGGAGAUACUGAAGAGCAGCCUUUAGGAGUUGAUAUUAAACCCUCUGGUGCCUUUGGCGAAAACUCUUCCAGCGAUGAAAAUGUUCCUCCCAUUAGUCGUAAGAGGACACUUUCAGAGUCUCUGCGGCUGCACUCACUGGCCGCUGAAGCCCUUGUAGCGAUGCCGAUGAGGACACCUGAGAUUCACAUGUCCAGCUCCAAGGCAGUUGUCAAGACGGGACAAAAGACCUCGGAUGUAAGGACAACAACGGGUUAUAACAACUUGGACUUUUAUGGCGAGAACAAAAAAGAGCAAGAAUGCUUAGGGGAGCGUGAUGAGGAGGGUCCCACUACCAAAGCUGGCAUCAGCCUAUCACUUCUCACAGUCAUCGAAAGACUCAGAGAACGUUCAGACCAGAACACCACUGAUGAGGAUAUCCUAAAAGAACUUCAAGAUAACAUACAGUUCACUAAAGAAGAUGUAGCCGGGGUGGUGGCAAGCAACGGAACCGGGACCUACGUCUGCACCAUUCCAGGAAUGGACGGUCUUGUUUCCUCCUGUGACAACUCACUAGUGGACUACAUCCCCGACAGUGAAAAGCCGUACCGUUGUCGUCUGUGUCGCUACAGCAGUAACAAUAAAGGUUACAUCAAACACCACCUGCGUGUCCACAAGCAGCGGCAGCCGUAUCAGUGUCCGAUCUGCGAACACAUUGCCUCUGACAGCCUAGACCUGGAGAGACACAUGAUCCACCACUGCAAAACCAGAACCUAUCAGUGCAAAAAGUGCCCUGAUGCCUUCCACUACAAGAGUCAGUUGAAGAACCAUGAACGUGAGCAGCACAGCAGCAGCAGCAGCAAAGCAGCAGCCCUUACGGCUGUCACUGAAGCUGCAGUCAGUGCAGAGGAAGGCCUUCCUGAACUAGACCAAGACGGUGAGAAGCAGAAGAUUUACAAGUGUGACGUGUGCGACUACACCAGCUCCACCUACAUCGGCGUGAGGAACCACCGGAGAAUACACAACUCUGACAAACCGUACAGAUGCUGUAGCUGUGAUUUUGCCACCACCAACAUGAACAGUUUAAAGAGCCACAUGCGGCGCCACCCACAGGAACACCAGGCGGUGCAGCUGCUAGAACAGUACAGUUGCUCCCUGUGUGGAUAUGUGUGCAGUCAUCCUCCAUCACUGAAAUCUCACAUGUGGAAACAUGCUGGGGACCAAAACUAUAACUAUGAGCAAGUGAACCAGGCUAUCAACCAGGCCAUCUCUCAGAGCAGCAGAGCCCCUCAAAAAUCAUCCACACUUCCCGAGUUAGUGGCAGAGUGCCCCACAAUGGCCAAGGGCGUGAAGGACCGGUGGAGGGCCCCAGUGGAACCAAUACCAGCGUCUCCAUCCAUUUCCACACCACCGCCAACAGCAGACUCCAUCACAGAUCCAGCACACUGUCCUGAUGACACUCCAGAACCCGGUGAUGUCACACAGCUCCACCCUCAGUCUCAGAGACAGCCAUGUGUAGACCAGGUUUCCACCUCAGGUCCCACCAUGGAGUACUGCGUCCUGCUGUUCUGCUGCUGCAUCUGUGGGUUUGAGUCCACAUGUAAAGAACGUCUGAUGGAGCACAUGAAGGAGCACGAGGGCGACAUCAUCAGCAUCAUCCUAAACAAGGAACAACAACAACAGCAGCAGCAGCAGCAGCAGGAGGCAGACGUACAAAAAGUAGAGUAAAACCUAUUUUAUUACCCUCGAGCUGAUCUUUCAGACCACACCAUCUUAACAUCUUGAGAUGAGGUCCAAUUUACCUUAAACAUCCUUCUGACCUUUCCUUAGGUCUAGGUUACAAGGUCCAUCAUCAUCAAACUUAACGUUCUACAAGAACCUCUAAGAAAGAAGUUCCAGUGAAAUCUGACUUUGUUGCUAUAGACAGUCCAGUAAGGAGGUCAGCAAGGCCUGGGGACCUGGUGUUAAGGUGUUGGCUAUUGAGUAACCUGACCUUCUGAAAGAUGGUGAAUGCCAGUGACAAAUGAUCACAUAGCAGAAGAAGCAAUCUGACCUUCAUACCAAAGAUCCAGAUUGAUUUGUCGAACUUUCGUCCUCUUCAAAGGUCAACUCUACUAGGUCGUGCUUUGGAAGUUUGAAUGAGACGUUUGGAAUCGGUUCUCCCAAAACUCCUGCUGACAUUCUUAAUAAUCUUCACUGUCACACUAACUAAGGACAGGCAUAGAAUUUGAAGCUUCUGUUAGCGUCCAUACAAACAACACAACUGCUUCUCAUUUAAUAGCGGAGGAGGAAACAUCUCUCCCCUAGUCAGCAUUUCCGUGAAAAGUACUGAAAGGAUCGAACCUAUCUUCAGAGACAUAUCUCGAGACACAUUUGUCACUCUCUCAGUGACAGUUCUCAGUGGAGAGUUCAUACCUCACAUCACAACACCAUCCCUCAGCAAAAAAAAAAAACAAAACAAAAAAAAAACAACAACAGCAAACUCAUUUUAUCUUAUGUUUAAUCAAUCAGAGUAUUCAUCUAUAAGGCAGCUCUUCUUCUGUUUUGCUACUGUAAUAUUUAAGUUCAUGUAUUUAUGAUGCAGCUGGAGUUAGGAUCCUUAAUUACAAGAAGGUACAUUUUGCGAUGUAUUCGCCAGGCAACACAGCUUCUCUAUGUAAUUUCAUAUUUAGCUACAUUUUCUUAAAUAAAUAUGUUAUUUUUGUUUUGUUAAGUUUAAA